AUGGGGAAAAACAUUAAUUUGUUCCAUCUUCUUGAUGGAAAUAUUUGUUUUGAUAAAGACCAAUUCAAAUCUAGGGAAAUUGAUGAUGAAUUGGCUAUUGAAAUUCCAAAAGAAGAUAUUGCUGCAUCAAAAGCCUUUAAUAGUGAACAACGACAUGUCUAUAAUUCAGUUUUGGGAAAGAUUUUUUCAAACAGAGCUGCUACAUUCUUUGUUAAUGGCCCAAGUGGGACAAGAAAGAUAUUCCUAUACAAUGCACUUCUCGCCGCAGUAAGAUCAAGAAAAUUAGUGGCACUUGCAACUGCUUCAUCUGGUGUUGCUGCAUCUAUCCUUCCUGGAGAUUUCCUGGUGAGCUUAGGUGAUAUUAUAGCUUUGAUGGAAGUAAUAGAUGCAUCUGAAGAAUCAAUCAUGGAGGAGUUUUUGAAUACUCUAACCCCAAAUGGAUUUCCUCCUCAUGAAUUGUUACUGACGAUAAACUAUCUCAUCAUGCUGCUUAAAAAUAUUAAUCCUUCAGAAGGACUAUGCAACGGAACACGCUUAAUUUGUCGAGCUUUUGAUCAAAAUGUCAUUGAUGCAGAAAUCGCAGUUGGACACCAUAGCUAA